CGCCGAUCAUGAAGUGCUCGCUGCGCUUUUGCUUCCUCUCGACUGCCUUCCUCCUCGUCUUCGUCAUGUCCCUCCUCUUCACCUACUCCCACCACAGCAUCGCCUACCUGGACCCCGGUGGGCUGGGCAGCAUUCACCGGGUGAAGCUGGUGCCCGGCUACGCUGGCAUGCAGCGGCUCAGCAAGGGGGUCUGCCCACAGAUGCUGCAGCCCCAGUUCAAAUCCCACAACACUCAUGAGGUCCUGAGCAAGCUCUUCCAGAUCGUGCCAGGCGAGGAUCCCUACCGCUCCCGCGACCCCCGCCGCUGCCGCCGCUGCGCCGUGGUUGGCAACUCAGGCAACCUGCGUGGCUCCAGUUAUGGGCCAGAGAUCGAUGGGCACGACUUCGUCAUGCGGAUGAACCAGGCCCCCACGGUGGGUUUUGAGGGCGACGUGGGUGGCCGGACCACGCACCACUUCAUGUACCCUGAGAGUGCCAAGAACCUGCCCGCCAAUGUCAGCUUCGUGCUGGUGCCCUUCAAAACCCUGGACCUGCUCUGGAUUGCCAGUGCCCUCUCCACCGGCCAGAUCAGGUUCACGUACGCACCUGUGAAGCCUUUUCUGCGGGUGGACAAAGAAAAGGUGCAGAUCUACAACCCUGCCUUCUUCAAGUACAUCCACGACCGCUGGACCGAGCACCACGGGCGCUACCCCUCCACUGGCAUGCUGGUGCUCUUCUUUGCUCUCCAUGUCUGCGACGAGGUGGGUGGUGGCUCCUUGGAGUCCUCCUUGGGGCUCUGGGGUCCCAGAUGGGCCGUGGGAUCCUAG